UCCAAGAGGCGCGCCGGACAGCAGAGCACCCGCCGCCCAGCCACGCCCGCCCACCAGCCUGCCACCAUGCUGGGUAGCAAGCGACUGGGGCUGUCCGGACUGACCCUCGCCUUGUCCCUGCUCGUGUGUCUGGGCGCGCUGGCCGAGGCGUACCCCUCCAAACCUGACAACCCGGGAGAGGACGCGCCCGCGGAGGACUUGGCCAGAUACUACUCGGCGCUGCGACACUACAUCAACCUCAUCACCAGGCAGAGAUACGGAAAACGAUCUAGCCCUGAGACACUGAUUUCAGACCUCUUGAUGAGAGAAAGCACAGAAAACGUUCCCAGAACUAGGCUCGAAGACCCUUCUAUGUGGUGAUGGGGAAUGAAACUUGCUCUCCGGUCUUUGCCUAUUUUUCAACCCAUACUUCAUCUUGUAAAACUAGAGUCUGCCGGUCCUCCCAAUGCAUGAAGCCCCUGUGCUCAA